UCAUCUCAUUUUUCUCGGAGUGUCAGACUCGAAUUAAAGCAAAUCAUCUUAUUUCUACAAAGCAAUCAAUCCAUUUUUCUCUUUCUUCUCCGUGAAUCAAAUCGUUUCUAGUUUUCGUUCUUCGGAGAGAGAGCCAUGGAAGGCUCGUGGAGAAGACGAGGGUCUUUGAUCGUCGCGGCGAUCGUGUGUUUCGGAUUUCUAGCUGCAAUUUCCAUUGCAAAAGAGGAAGCAACCAAGUUGGGAACUGUCAUUGGGAUAGAUCUUGGAACAACCUACUCAUGUGUUGGUGUUUACAAGAACGGUCAUGUUGAAAUCAUAGCCAAUGACCAAGGAAAUCGUAUUACCCCUUCAUGGGUUGCUUUCACUGACAGUGAGAGACUGAUUGGUGAGGCUGCGAAGAACCAGGCGGCUGUCAAUGCCGAAAGGACUAUCUUUGAUGUGAAGAGGCUUAUUGGAAGAAAGUUUGAAGAUAAGGAGGUUCAGAAGGACAUGAAGCUUGUUCCGUACAAGAUUGUUAACAAGGAUGGGAAGCCUUACAUUCAAGUCAAGAUCAAGGAUGGGGAGACCAAGGUUUUCAGCCCUGAGGAGAUCAGUGCAAUGAUUUUGACUAAGAUGAAGGAGACAGCUGAAGCAUUCCUUGGGAAGAAGAUCAAGGAUGCUGUGGUUACUGUGCCCGCUUACUUCAAUGAUGCCCAGAGGCAGGCUACAAAGGAUGCUGGCGUUAUUGCUGGCCUGAAUGUUGCACGAAUUAUUAAUGAGCCAACUGCUGCAGCUAUUGCAUACGGUUUGGACAAGAAGGGUGGUGAGAAGAACAUCCUUGUUUUUGACCUUGGUGGUGGAACCUUCGAUGUCAGCAUCUUGACUAUUGACAAUGGUGUUUUUGAGGUUCUUGCUACAAAUGGAGACACUCAUUUGGGAGGUGAGGAUUUUGACCAGAGGAUUAUGGAGUACUUUAUCAAGUUGAUUAAGAAGAAGCACGGAAAGGACAUCAGCAAGGACAACAGAGCUCUUGGGAAGCUGAGGAGAGAAGCUGAGCGUGCCAAGAGAGCCUUGAGUAGCCAGCACCAAGUCCGAGUGGAGAUUGAAUCUCUCUAUGAUGGUUUGGAUUUCUCUGAACCCCUGACCCGUGCCAGGUUUGAAGAGUUGAACAAUGAUUUGUUCAGAAAGACCAUGGGACCUGUGAAGAAGGCAAUGGAAGAUGCUGGAUUGGAGAAGAGACAGAUUGAUGAAAUUGUUCUUGUUGGUGGAAGCACAAGGAUUCCAAAGGUUCAACAACUCCUCAAGGACUACUUUGAUGGAAAGGAACCCAACAAGGGUGUGAACCCAGAUGAGGCUGUUGCCUUUGGUGCUGCUGUACAAGGAAGCAUUUUGAGUGGAGAGGGUGGUGAUGAGACCAAAGAUAUUCUUCUCUUGGAUGUGGCUCCGCUCACUCUUGGAAUUGAAACCGUUGGUGGGGUGAUGACCAAGUUGAUUCCUAGGAACACUGUUAUCCCGACCAAGAAAUCUCAAGUUUUCACUACUUACCAGGAUCAGCAGACCACCGUCUCCAUUCAGGUUUUUGAAGGUGAAAGGAGUCUCACAAAGGACUGCCGACAGCUCGGGAAAUUUGAUCUUAAUGGAAUCCCUCCAGCUCCAAGGGGAACCCCACAAAUUGAAGUCACAUUUGAAGUUGAUGCAAAUGGUAUCCUAAAUGUCAAGGCUGAGGACAAGGGCACGGGUAAAUCAGAGAAGAUCACCAUCACAAAUGACAAGGGCCGCCUGAGCCAGGAGGAGAUUGACCGUAUGGUUCGUGAGGCGGAAGAGUUUGCAGAGGAAGACAAGAAGGUGAAGGAGAAGAUUGAUGCCCGCAACAGCCUGGAGACCUAUGUUUACAACAUGAAGAACCAGAUCAAUGACAAGGACAAGCUUGCUGACAAGCUCGAGUCUGAUGAGAAGGAGAAGAUUGAAACCGCCGUGAAGGAGGCCCUUGAGUGGCUCGACGACAACCAGAGCGCCGAGAAAGAGGACUACGAUGAGAAGCUCAAGGAGGUGGAAGCUGUCUGCAACCCAAUCAUCACAGCUGUUUACCAGAGAUCAGGCGGAGCCCCGGGUGCUGGGUCAGAUGGAGGAGAAGACGAUGAUUCCCAUGAUGAACUUUGAGCAUUCUCUGAAGUUCAGGUAAUCUCCGGAGAGAGAUCGGGCGGAGAAAUGCGGCUGAUAGGUUUAGGCAAAAAUGAAGAAUGUAAUAUUUCUAGCGGUGGAAGUAAAGGGAAAAGAAUUUCCCUUCCUUUUUCUUUUCUCCUCCUUUUUGUCUGAGGUGAAGAUACUUCAAGGGAUACUCUUUUUGUUUUAUUACUGUUGUAUUUUUCAUCUUUUAUGCUAAAUUACCUUUUUCCUUCCCACAAAA